AUGCUGCAGUAUCUUUACUUUUUAUCUUUGAUUUCAAUAAUAUUUUCAGAAAAACCAAUAUGGGAUGGUAAAAAACAUGAUGGAAUAAUAAGACAUCAAUUUACUGAUUAUAGAUUUAGUAAAAAAUUUCAUGUGGAAUUAAAAAGAAAAAAUUUUCUCAAUCAAACAAUAAACAUUUUCAAGCAUAUUGAUAUAAUAAAUGUUCCAAUACAUGAGGUAGAUAUUAGCUUUGUUCAGGUUAAUAGUCAUGGAGUUCGAUUUUUACAUAAAAAUGAAAAUGAAUAUAAACAAACAAUAACAACUUGGCGUUCAGAAAAUGAACAUCUUACAGGUGCAGAUGAAACUUCAUGCCAUUUGACACAUUGUGAAGUAGGGUUGCUGUUUUUUCACAAGACAAAAACGGGAAUGAAAUUUUUUAAUGAUAAAAUUAGAGAUUUUUAUCAAAUAGUGUACAUGAAAUAUGUUACAAAUAGUGGAAAACUAUUAUUUGGACCAAUUACUAUAAAAUCAAAUAAUUUUCCUUUAAUUUUGUGCCCAAAUAAAGGUUGGGUUAAUAAACUUAGUUCAUCACAAUAUAUACCAAUAGAAAAAGAAGGAAUUGUUUUUGAGAAAUUUUUUAACCGUCAUAUUUUGCUUCCAAUAUAUUCAAAACAUGCUGAUACUAAUGUUUUUAUUUGUGGUGAAGUUCAUUAUUUGGACGGAACAAAACUUAAGAUUGGUUAUGAAAUAAAGAAAGAAAAAAUAAAUGAAUUAAAAAUCGAAAGUUUAAAUUUAUUAAAUGAAAAAUUAUCAUGCAAAAAUGAUAAACCGGAAAAUGAAUUUUAUCAUUUUGUUUAUAAUUUAUAUAAUGGCAAAAUUUCAAAUAUGAAAUUUAUAGAUAAAGCAAAUAUAAAAAAUUUUAGUAUUUAUCAUGAUAGUAUAAUCUAUAUGUAUGAUAAAAAAAAUGAUAAAAUAAAAAAAUUUGAAAAAAAUGGGUUCAAUUUUUUUUUUCACAUAGGUAAUUCAAGUUACCCCUAUCCUGUAAUACAACCUUCAUGUGCAAAAAUUGUAAAACCAUUAAAUGCUUCAUUAAAAGUUGUUACUGAAAAUGAUAAAAAAAUUAAGUUUUCUGAAAGUAAAAACAAUCCUAAUAUUAAAAUCUUUUCAAUUGACAAAAAUUUGAUGAAUAUAAGAAAGAAAUAUAACUGCAAAAUAGAAGUUGAUGAUAUUAAAGAAAAUGUGCAUCUAAAAAAUUUUUAUAAAAAUUCUUUUAUUGCAAAAUUGGUAUCUAUCGAUGAUUUUGGCAAUGAGAAGAAUGUUACAACAUUAGAGUUUAAAAAUAAUUUUGAAGGAUAUGGUAGAUAUUCAUGUAUAUUAACUUCAUUAAAUGGUGAAAAACUUCACAAAGAUGCCAAAUAUAUUAAACCAUUAACUUUUGAAACAUUUCCUAUUGGAAUGAUAGAAGAAAUUCAAAAAAUUACAUGGCCAUCAAUUAAUACUGUUACAAUAAGUUGUAAAAAAAAAUUUUCUAAUUUUGCAAAAUUGAAAGAUAUGCAUGUAAUUUUUUCUGAAACAUUACAAUAUAGAAAUUCAAUAAAUAAGGAAAUGUCAAUGUUUUUUGAAGAUGAUGAUUCUGUUAAAUUUAAAUAUGAGGAUUAUUUUUCUAAAGUAAAUAAAAUUGAAGAUAUAAGUUAUCAUUGUAAAUAUCAAACAAAUGGUAAUACAAGUUUUACAAUAAAAAUAAAAGGCAUUAUUUUGGAAAAUGAAAUUAAAAAUUCAAUGUUUCCGGAUAUAAUAAUUAUAGUUGCAAUUGUAGUUGCUGCAGCAUUUUUUAUUUGUCUUAUUAUUCUAAUAAUUUUGUUGAAAAAAGCUAAAAAGGCUAAAAAAUUAAAGAAAAAGCUUGAUAUGUUGUCGAAAACGGCAACAUCAGAAUUUUCUUUUACUUCAAUGUCUUCUUCUAUGUCAGAUUCAAGUGGAUCAAAGUUUAGCAAAUUUACAUCAUCGAAAUUACCUUUCAAAAAUAACCCGAAGUUAAAUUCAAAUUUCUCUUCAAAUUCAUCUUUUAGUUCAAUCUCUAAAGUGAAAUAA